AGCCGGAACGGAAGGCGUGGGGCACUACGGGAAUUGUAUUUCCCAACUGCUUCCCUACCUAAGUGUGAAUCUCUUUGCACAUUGCCUCCCCGUGUGCACUUGGCACGCUGUACCUUCACCGUAGUAUUUUGCCUUCCUCACCUGCUUCUCAAGUUCGACGCAGUGACUUCCUCCAAAAUAAACUGGACCCCCGGGCCCGGCAGCCGCGCCACCGCUCCGUUACGGAGGCACUUCACUUCCGGGUAUUCCAAGGCGUGGGGGCGACCACCACACGAAAAACAGGAAUUACACACCUGGGUCCAGACAGCGCCAUGGGCAGCAGCUGCCGCAUCGAAUGCAUAUUCUUCAGCGAGUUCCACCCAACGCUGGGACCCAAAAUUACCUAUCAGGUCCCUGAGGAUUUCAUCUCUCGAGAGCUGUUUGACACGGUCCAGGUGUACAUCAUCACCAAGCCCGAGCUACAGAACAAGCUUAUCACUGUCACAGCCAUGGAAAAGAAGCUGAUAGGCUGCCCCGUGUGCAUUGAACACAAGAAGUACAGCCGCAAUGCUCUCCUCUUCAACCUGGGCUUCGUGUGUGACGCUCAGGCUAAGACGUGUGCCCUGGAACCCAUCGUGAAAAAGCUGGCCGGCUACUUGACCACACUGGAGCUUGAAAGCAGCUUUGUAUCCUCUGAGGAGAGCAAGCAGAAGCUGGUGCCCAUCAUGACCAUCUUACUGGAAGAGCUAAAUGCCUCUGGCCGGUGCACUCUGCCCAUCGAUGAAUCCAACACCAUCCACUUGAAGGUGAUUGAGCAGCGGCCUGACCCUCCUGUUGCGCAGGAGUAUGAUGUGCCUGUGUUUACAAAGGACAAAGAGGAUUUCUUCAGCUCGCAGUGGGACCUUACCACACAGCAGAUCCUCCCCUAUAUUGAUGGAUUUCGCCAUGUCCAGAAGAUCUCCGCUGAGGCAGAUGUGGAGCUCAACCUGGUGCGCAUUGCCAUUCAGAACCUGCUGUACUAUGGUGUUGUGACACUGGUAUCCAUCCUCCAGUACUCCAAUGUGUAUUGCCCAACACCAAAAGUCCAGGACCUGGUAGAUGACAAGUCCCUGCAAGAGGCAUGUCUGUCCUACGUCACCAAGCAAGGACACAAAAGGGCCAGUCUCCGAGAUGUGUUCCAGCUAUACUGCAGCCUGAGCCCUGGCACCACUGUCCGAGACCUCAUCGGCCGCCACCCUCAGCAGUUACAACAUGUUGAUGAAAGGAAGCUGAUCCAGUUUGGGCUUAUGAAGAACCUCAUCCGGAGACUACAGAAAUAUCCAGUCCGAGUGUCUCGGGAGGAGCGGAGCCACCCUGCCCGGCUUUACACGGGCUGCCACAGCUAUGAUGAGAUCUGCUGCAAGACAGGCAUGAGCUACCAUGAGCUGGACGAGCGGCUAGAAAACGACCCCAACAUCAUCAUCUGUUGGAAGUGAGGCUGGCUGGCUGGCUGGCUGGCUGGCUGGAACAUAUUACUAUGGCUACUUGCCCCUCCUAAGCCCUCCUUGGUCCACGGGGGCUAGACAAGUAGGCUAGUACAUAUGGUCUGGAGGGUGAGUCUCAGUUUUGUAAAUAAAGUCAUGCAUUUCA